AACAUCAUCAAUCAACGCAAUCCAAACAAUCCAAUCUACAAUCAACCGAUCUCCCGAUCAACCAAAUCAUCCAUCAAAAUGCAGUUCAUCACCGUUAUCAUUGCUACCCUGGCCGCCGUUGCCACUGCUACUCCUUCCCCCGAUGCCUUUGAGAAGCGCACCUGUGUUGGCCACUACAAGAAUGCCUGCCACAGCACUGGCCCCGCUUGCUGCGACGGCUGGCAGUGUGUUGGCGCCACUGAGUGGAACGCCGGUGUUUGCAUUCCUCGCUACUAGAGGUCGAACUGUGAUGGGCGAGAAUAGACUUCAAGUUUAAUAAUCUGUUUCCGGA